AUGGCUGAACCCAUCAGGAACAAGCGGCCGGAUCUCCCUGUCGCCCCGACCCCCCAGAACACCCCGGCCACCAAUGCCCCGAUCUCAUCCCACGCACAACAGCCUGGCUUUGACAGCAUCAAGGAGGAGGACCUGGACCGUGCGGCGGCCGCCUCCAUCUUUGCUCAGAACCCCAAGCUUGUUCAGAUGAUCCAGGGCAGACUCGGCACCCUAGUUGGCCGGUCGUCUGGUUACAUCGAGUCCCUUCCCACCCAGGUCAAGCGUCGUGUCGCUGGCCUGAAGGGUAUCCAGAAGGAGCACUCCAAGCUCGAGGCCGAGUUCCAGGAGGAGGUCCUUCAGCUCGAGAAGAAGUACUUCGCCAAGUUCACCCCGCUCUACGAGAAGCGCUCUGCUAUUGUCAAUGGCGCCAACGAACCGACAGAGGACGAGGUUGCCGCUGGCGAGGAGGAUGACGAGGAGCCCGAGGAGAAGGAGGAGAAGCCCGCCGAGUCCGCCGAGGCUGCUGCCGUCCGUGGUAUCCCCGAGUUCUGGCUGUCCGCCAUGAAGAACCAGAUCUCUCUUGCCGAGAUGAUUACUGACCGCGAUGAGGGUGCGCUCAAGCACCUGACCGACGUCCGCAUGGAGUACCUCGACAAGCCCGGUUUCCGCCUCAUCUUUGAGUUCUCCGAGAACGAGUUCUUCACCAACAAGACCAUCUCCAAGACUUACUUCUACCAGAACGAGUCUGGCUACGGUGGUGACUUCAUCUAUGACCACGCCGAGGGUGACAAGAUCAACUGGAAGGCCGACAAGGACCUCACGGUUCGCGUCGAGCAGAAGAAGCAGCGCAACAAGAACACCAAGCAGACUCGCAUUGUCAAGAAGACCGUCCCCACCGAGUCCUUCUUCAACUUCUUCUCCCCGCCCAAGCCUCCUGCGGAGGACGACGAGGAGGACGCGGCCUCUGACAUUGAGGACCGCCUCGAGCUAGACUACCAGCUCGGCGAGGACAUCAAGGAGAAGCUCAUCCCCCGAGCUAUUGACUGGUUCACCGGUGAGGCUCUUGCCUUCGAGGAGAUCGACGAGGAGGAUCUUGAGGACGACUUUGAUGAGGAUGAUGACGAGGACGAUGACCUGAGCGAGGAUCACGAUGAUGAGGAGGAGUCGGAGGAGGACGACGAUGACGGAACCAAGCCGAAACAGGAGGCUGCCGAGUGCAAGCAGAGCUAA